GGUGGGACUCCGCGCGCCGCCGCGGGGCGAGGUGCGCUGGGCGGUGCUGUCGCGGGUAGCCGGGGGCAGUGAUGGGGGCGCCGCUCAGCACGUUGGGAUGGGUUGUGACAUACCCAUUAAAGCUCAUCUACACCAUCUUCCAGAAGUUUUUCAGGAAUCCCCGUCCUGCAAUUACUCUGCAGGAUCCUGAGGUGAAAUACGCAUUAAGGCUGAUUGACAAGGAGGAAGUUAGUCAUGACACAAGAAGAUUCCGAUUUGCUCUCCCUUCUAUAGAUCAUGUUCUGGGCCUUCCUCUAGGACAGCAUAUCCACCUGUCUGCCCGGAUUGAUGGAGCUCUGGUUGUGAGACCUUACACUCCAGUUUCCAGUGAUGACGACAAGGGCUUUGUGGAUCUUGUUGUCAAGGUCUACUUUAGGGGUGUCCAUCCGAAGUUUCCUGAUGGAGGGAAGAUGUCUCAAUACUUAGACAGCCUGAAAAUAGGGGAUACUAUUGACUUCAGAGGACCAAGUGGCCUACUUGUCUACAAAGGAAAAGGCACGUUUGCUAUUCGGCCUGAAAAGAAAGCUGAACCAGUUACAAAGACAGUGAAAUAUGUGGGGAUGAUUGCAGGUGGGACUGGGAUAACACCUAUGCUGCAGAUCAUUCGAGCAAUCAUGAAAGACAAAGAUGACCCUACCAUUUGUCAGCUGCUGUUUGCUAACCAGACUGAGAAGGAUAUCCUGUUACGUUCCGAGCUAGAGGAGAUCCAGGUUCAGAAUCCUGGUCGCUUUAAGUGUUGGUACACACUGGACAGAGCACCUGAAAACUGGGAGUACAGCCAAGGAUUUGUGAACCAAGACAUGAUCAGAGAACACCUGCCCCCACCUCAGAAUGAUGUUCUGAUCCUCAUGUGUGGACCUCCUCCAAUGAUCCAGUAUGCUUGCAUUCCCAACCUGGACAAACUGGGCUACACUAAGGACAUGAGGUUCUCCUUCUAAAGAAGGCUGAUAAUUCACUGGUCUUGUGUAGACGGGAAGAAAAAACAUUUAGUGGGGAACAGGGCAGAGUUACAGAGAUUGCUGAUGCACAGUGCUGGGAAGCUACAUUUACAUUAAAGAUGCUUCAUUUUUUCUGAAUCUCUGGCAACUAAGACACUUAAGCUCAACUCUACCAAAACCUACUGGGUGCUGCACAGAAACAACUGUGUCGUGGAAAGGUAGUUGGUGCCCAGUGCUGGGUUUGCAGUGUGAACUCCAUCUCAAGGGAGGACAGCAUAGCUGCUUAGGGUAGUAAAUACUCAUUUACUCUUAUU